CUUCCAGUACUCUCUUUCAUCAUUCAGCAAAAAUGGAUCAGAAGAAACCGUAUCUGGUUGUUAUUCUCAUACAGUCUAUCUAUACCGGUAUGUUCUUGAUAUCCAAGGCAGCCUUUGAUGGUGGAAUGAACAACUUCAUAUUUGUCUUCUACAGGCAGGCUGCAGCUACUGCUUUCCUGAUUCCAUUUGCCUUAUUUUUCGAAUGGAAAAAUGCCCCCAGACUUUCAUUUGUGUCUUUCUGGAAGCUAUUCCUACUCUCUUUAUGUGGGGUAACUUUGAGUUUGAAUAUCUAUGGUGUUGCAUUGAUUUAUACCUCUGCAUCUCUUGCUGCUGCAACUACCAACUGCCUCCCUGUUAUCACCUUCCUAUUGGCGGUGUUACUCAGGUGAUUUUUCCAUUUCCAAAUGUAUAAUUUGAUGAAUUGAUGGUUAUUAAUUUUAAUAACUAUACUAGUGUUUA